ACGCGAUGACGUCACAUCAUCACGUCGUAUACGUACGCUCCCCUGCUCCUGUGCUAACUGCUAGCUAGCUAGCUACUUUCCGUAGCUCUGCACGCUUUAUGUUGUUGUAACCUGAGCACUAACUCGACAUACCAGUCAACAAAAAAACAACCGUUAGCGUCCUCCGGAGCCUUUCCGAGUGCACGUUACGUGUCGAGCCGUCGCCAGCCAUGGCUCUACAAGGCCCGGAGGAGAUGGUCGAAGAGCCGGAGGACCUGGACGACCAGGACGCUAGCAGCAUCUCUCCGGCCGAGGAGAUAACGCUUCCUCCCGGGCCCGGAGGCGAAGACGAGCCGGAGGAGGCUCUGCUGCUGCCCUGGGACCGCUUCUCCACCUGGCUGCACUGCAUCUGCGUGGUCGGCUUCGACCUGGAGCUCGGACAGGCGGUGGAGGUUAUUUAUCCUCAUCAUUCCAAGCUGUCAGAGAAAGAGAAAACAAGCAUCUGCUACCUUUCCUUCCCCGACUCCAACUCAGGUUGCCUUGGCGACACACAGUUCUGCUUCCGCUUUCGUCAGGUUUCAAACAGGAAGUCGUCACUCGGCUGCUUCCUUGAGACCAACGACCGGGACGCACCGCCCUGUCUGAAGAGGGAACAGGGCCAUUACUAUGGUUACGUGUACUUCCGUCAGGUCCGAGACAAAUCCCUGAAAAGAGGAUACUUCCAGAAGUCUCUGGUCCUGAUCAGUAAGCUGCCCUACGUGACCUUCUUCCACUCCCUGUUGAAGAUCAUGGCUCCAGAAUACUUUGAGAAACAGGAACCCUGUCUGGAGGCUGCUUGUAAUGACAUAGACCGCUGGCCGACGCCCCAUCCGGGACGAAUUCUCACGCUUCCCAUUAUGGGCGUGGUCAUCAAGAUUAGAAUCCCGACCUGCUACGACAAACCAGGAACCUCCCAGCUGGUCCAGUCGGCUCAGAGUGACAGUCAGGUGUCCAUCGUGCUCCCGACCAUCCAUGAGGUGGACCUCUUCAGGUGUUUCUAUCCGGUCUUCUUCCACAUCCAGAUGUUGUGGGAGUUGGUGUUGCUGGGGGAGGCACUCGUCGUCAUGGCGCCGUCGCCAGCCGAGUCGUCGGACACCGUGCUGGCGUUGGUCAGCUGUAUCUCUCCUCUGCGUUUCUGCAGUGACUUCCGGCCGUACUUCACCAUCCACGACAGCGAGUUUAAGGAGUACACGACCAGGACUCAGGCUCCGCCGUCGGUCAUUCUGGGAGUGACCAAUCCCUUCUUUGCUAAAACCCUGCAGCACUGGCCGCACAUCAUCCGCAUCGGAGACAUGAAGCAAGCAGGAGAGAUGGCCAAGCAGAUGAAAGUCAAGAAACUGAAAAACCUCAAAACUCUGGACUCCAAACCUGGUGUGUACACUGCAUAUAAGCCGUAUCUCAACAAAGAUGAAGAAAUCAUCAAACAGCUUCAGAAGGGUGUCCAGCAGAAGAGACCCUCAGCGGCCCAAAAUGCAAUUCUUCGACGCUACUUUUUAGAACUGACGCAGAGCUUCAUGAUUCCACUGGAGCGGUACGUGGCCAGUCUGAUGCCUCUCCAGAAGUCCAUCAGUCCCUGGAAGAGUCCUCCUCAGCUGCGACCGUUCAUCCAGCAGGACUUCAUGAAGACGCUGGAGAAGGCCGGACCUCAGCUCACGUCCAGACUGAAAGGAGACUGGAUUGGACUCUACCGGAAUUUCCUCAAGUCUGCCAACUUUGACGGCUGGUUCCGCAACAGGAGGAGAGAGAUGACCCAGAAACUGGAGGCUCUGCACCUGGAGGCGCUGUGUGAGGAGGAUCUGCAGCAGAGAGUCCAGCAGCACUCUGAGGUGGAGACAGUUGAUCUGGUUCUGAAGCUGAAAGAUAAACUGACUCAGGCGGAGAGGGAGCAGCUGCCGGUGCGUCCAGGGACUGUGGCCAAGCUGAGGGCCCACAUAGAGGCCGUGAUCCUGGCCUUACCAGAGGACCUGCAGGGCAUCCUCCACAAGCCCUCCACUCCCUGACCCCCAGUCUGCAACUCUUACCCCAGUCUGAGCUUGUUUUAAAGUUUGGGGGGUAGUGGGUCUCCUCCCAGACUGGGCCCCAGUUUGAGGACCUCUUCUGGUUCUAACAUGGGAAGCACACAGCACAAUUUUUGUUCAUCCAACUUCAGUUCUUCAUUAUUAUUUUUUUACCCAAACGUCUCCGGUAGCAGCUCAGAGGGAUUCAGACCGUCGCUCUCGUCUCGGUGAUCAUGUGACGACAUAAACUCCUCCGAAGAGUUUUCAGGAGGUGAAACAGAAUUGAAAGAUUCUGAGGAGGUGUUGUGUUUUUUCCCGUCACAGAGACGUUAUGAGGAAAGGAAAAGGAAGCGCUUGAUUCGUCACAGCGUUGCUCUUUCGGCAUGCCGCUCGGGUACAAGAGCUUCAUCUGAGCCUUUGUGUGGCAGACGGACUCGUCUUCGCCUUGAAGGUAAGAGCAGGAAGAAGAACGCAGCUGACCUGUGACCCUCAGCUCUUUAGCCUCCUGAUGUUUUUUAAUCUUUACUUUGGCGAUGGACUGCUGCUGUCCGGUGGAACUGACUUUGGAGGUUUUUUUUCACGUUUUUAAAAGAAGUGCACUUCAUCACUAACUGGACCAGUGUGCCCUUCACAUACACACACACACACACACACGUUUUUAUGCAAACAAACUGAGCCGAGCAGAGCCAAGCAGUGCUUUAUGAUUAAAUUGAACUGCUAUACUAACUAAUAAAACGCACAGAGAGCAUUAAGCACCAGCGACCCUGUAAUAACUGUCGAUGCAGUAAACGACUCUUGUCUCUCGCGCUCAUUAGCCAAUCACGUCCCUGUAUUCGUGUCACAUGGGCUUUGUGUAGCCCAUCGUAACAGCAUGAGGGAAACAUUCAAAAUGUCCUGAAAUGUUCAGAAAUGUUGGUGUGAAUCAUUUUCUGAAGACUGAAUCCAAAACCUGUGCGUCACUGAUUUCCACCUGAUUCUGAGCUUCUGUGAGACUCGAAGAAAAUUACAAGAAAGUCCAAACUGUCCAAAAACCAGCGUGUUUUCAGGUGAUUGGUGACCGACUGGUGGCUUGUGUGCGUUAAACAAACACUACAGCCAGCUCUGUUUUAACUCAUCUUUUUUAAAAAUGAUGCCGGUGCCUUACAGGAAGGAGAACCAAGGACUCGAUGAGUUCGUCUCAAUCUGGUUCCUGUAAAGAUAAUAAGAGCGUCUUUCAGCUGCAGCUCAACGAUUGUUCUCACACUAAACUAAACUUACUCCGCUGAAGAACAACAACUUCUGACGGCCAUCGAUCCUCCUGCUCAGGAUCCUCAGUGUUGCCUUCAGACCCCAAAAAGAAAUAUGGCUGAAGUCUGUUUUUACGUGUUUUCUGAUGAGCAAGUGAACGACACGGAUGCAUCGUUGAAACAAAACCGACAAAGUCACAGAGGAACUAAAAGGAAUCUUCUAAUAAAGGGUUAACUAGCACUGCAUCAAUCGGCGGCAUGUUUUAUCUCAUUAACUGCAGAUUGUCUUCAGACGAUACAUUUUUAUAUUGAUUUAUUGGUUUCUGGUCAUUUCAGUGACGGCUUUGAGCUACAUCGCCAGAAUCAAGUCCUUCAAAAGAACAAUAAUGUGACUUUGAUCAUUUAUUUAAAUUGUUUAAACUGUUCCCGGCCACAAAAGAUUAAAUUGAAACUAAAAGCUUCUGACUUUAUUUGAAUUCACAAAAGAAUUCUUGGACCCCAAAAAAAAAAAUGCAAACAAAACGAACAAAACCAUCUUUAUUCAAAGCAAUAACAGAUCAUUUAAUUUAUUCAGUUAUUUGUAUUUUCAGAGUUUUAAAUGACAAUAACUUUGUAGCGUUUUCUAAAAGUGUUGUUGGUGAAACAUCUCAGAAUAUCACUCGUUUGAAAAUGUCUUUUCAGACGCAUGGAUUGUGUUUUUGUUUGUUUCCUUGACGCCGUCGUGUAACACAUGUUGUAUGAAUACUUUGUCCAGCAGAUCGUUGUAAAGAAGAAUAACUCAAAUGUGUGCUGGUUGUUGGGCAACCAUGUAAGUUUUAUAUUUGUAAAAAUAACAACUUAUUUUAACAAUUUAACAUUUUUUUAACGGAGGGCUGUUCUCACAUUUCACUCUGUAGAGAAUUAAGAGUUUUGUACAUAAUGGUGUAAAGUGAAAUGACGGCCCAGAUACGAUGAUGUACAAUAAUUAUUUUGCUAUUGCGACCGAUGUCUAAAUACAGAGAUAUAAAUAAGAACAGCUCCAUAGAAUGCUUAUUUAUCUGUCCUAGAAUAAUGUUGUUGAGACAAGUUGACAUUUUGAAUUUGUAGUUUUUUUGCUGUCAAGACACUGAAACUGUUGCAUUUUAACAUUCAUAAAAUGUGACUAUAAUGUAAUGAAGACGCCCAGAAAGCAUUGAUAUUGGACAGAAUCACGGAUUAUGAUCUACAAUGUCGGCUCAUGUCAGCUAGGGAACGGUUUCGGUAAAUUUAAGAAUUAAAAACAUGUUUAUGCCAAAAACUUAUGGCUGAGACUUUCUGUGUAGGAAUACUAGUGUUGGAUAUCAAAAUACACUCAAAGAAACUAAAAUAACUGUGCUCAAUAUGCAGAUCAGAAACAUUUAUAUUAUAAUAUGGAAUCAUAAUUAUUGAUGAAUGUGUGUAUUUAAAGGUGGAGCUCAUUUUAAUUACU